CAAACUUGGUAGAAACUUAUCCUCCAACUAAUGGCUUCUCCUCUCAAAUUCCUCUUUCUCCUCUCACUCACUCUCACUCUCAUCUCUACUCACCUCACCACCACCCAUGGAGCAUUCUCAGAACAAUCCCACAUCGAGUUACCCACAGAACAACAACCACGCACAGAGAAACUAACCCAUCUCCACUUCUUCUACCACGACAUCCUAGAAGGCAAGAACCCCACGGUGGUGCAAAUCAUCGAACCAUCAGCAAGCAGCUUCGGAACCACUUUCAUGAUGGACAACCUCUUAACUGAAGAACAAGACCUGAGCUCAAAGCCUGUUGGGAGAGCACAAGGGUUAUUUGGUUUGGCUUCUUUGGAGGACCGUGGUAUGGUGAUGCUAAUCAAUCUUGCUUUCAGUGAAGGGGAAUACGCUGGCAGCACACUCAGCAUGCUUGGGAGGAACCCUGUUCAGAACACGGUUAGGGAACUCCCCAUUGUUGGUGGCACCGGGGUGUUUAGGUUUGCUAAGGGCUAUGCAACCGCUAAGAGCCUUUGGGAACUUUCCACGUCGGAACAUUUUGUCGUGGAGUAUGAUAUCACUGUGUCUCAUCCUUAGAACUUUCACAACGUAAGGACAGGCUCCAAUAUACUUAUGGUGAUUAGUUUAUGUUUUAAAUAAGUUCACAUGUUUUUAAAAAGUGAGAGAAAUGUAAUAAUUAAAUUUUUAAAAAAUAAAGAUUAUAAUAAAAGGAUGGUACAGAGAGUGUUUCUCA